GUUGAUCUUCUCUCUGGUGAUCAGCGCAGCGUAUAAAUCUUCACUGAUCGCUCACCUAUCAGUGCAGGGGAGAACCAAGCCCUUAGAGAACAUGAGGCAGCUGGUGGAGGAGGAAGGGUGGCAGUGGAGUAUUGAAAGUUGGCUCUUGUCCGGGGUGCCCCUCGAGUACUUCUCCCAACACACUGACCCCGUCGUUAAGAAGCUCUAUGGCAAGAUGCAGCGGUUGAACGUGGAGGAGGCGCUGCAGAAGGUGAUGGGUGGAAAGUUUGGUCACAUCAUCUUCAGGAACUACAUGAACGUGAUCCUCGCCGCCCAUCACACCGACGCCCGCGGCCACACGCCCUUCUACGUGGGUAAGGAGGGGCUCUCCAUCUUCGCCUCCUUCGGUUGGGGAUUUAGGUGA